UAUGUUUAUUAUGAGUCAAUGCACUGGUUGAACCGUGCGCAUCUUCUCAUCCGCUCACCAUGUCAUUUGUCCCCGCCACGACCGUCCGGCUCGAUACAAUCAUUCCCUCGCAUUUCAAGUUACUACUAAGCCAGGCUGCCCGAAACUAUAUCUCUCGCAGACUACAACAUGACAACCACGAGCCCACUGUAUAUCUCUUCAUACACGCCAUCCAUUACCGCGCUGAUCAAGGCUCGCGCAAGUCACGACAAGUCCCCGUCGGUCCCUUCGUUGCCAUUGGCCAGGAUUGCUCAGCUGGUGCCUCGUUCACAUUGGAUGCUGUGGAGCCUGAGCUGGAAUUGGUGCGAAGACGUUUGCCCCCUCCCCCACUGUUUCCUUCUCCAAGAUAAUGAGCGUUGAUCCAAAUUGAGAGCACUGGGCACAUUGCGAGACAAUACUUGGCUCCAUCUCGCGUGCCACAAGACACAAGAAUUUGAUGAACCCUUUAAGUCAGCCUUUCUCAUGCGCGACGAGCCGCUUUCGCUCCUCGAUGUCACACAGACGGAUCUGUCUCGGCAAGAAUUUGCAUUUCUUUCUGCCUGUUAAAACCUGUCUACCAGUAUCAAGGAGGAAUACAAACGAAAGGCCACAGCGCAGCACUCCGAUUCAAAAGAAAAUUCCCGCUCCUCCCUCCAACACCUCUACAUCCAAAAUCAACUCUGAUAUCACCGAGGUGUUGUCCGAAGGUUACUGCGCGAACUUGUGUGCUCUCAACUGGCAAUCAAACGGCCAUCAAAAGGAACCAGCAAGUGUCUUCGCCUCUUACUGGAAUGGGCUGUCUAAAGCCGACAAAGAGGUGUACAAGUGCAAAGCAGCUGCUCAGGUGAGCGCCACAUGUCAUAUUCUAUCUCAUAGUAUCACACUAACGGUCCCGUUUUGUAGCUCAAAUCAGCCGCCAGCGGAGUCAGUACUACCGGCAACGACGUGGACGAGGAGUAGUGGAUAGCGGGAUGGUGGGCGAGGCGCCUGGCGCAGCGAGCAGCGAUACCCUACGCUAACUCCAGCGAUACUAUCCUAACUCUAGCGAUACCCAUAGAUAGCUUCAUUUGUUCGCAUUAGUUCUAUAUCGAUAUGUUUUUCAAG